GAUGAGUUGACAGAAAUUUACAUUUCAAAGCGAACCAACACCCACGACACAGCAACAGCUGCGUUCCUAAAAAACACGCACUGCAGCCCACCAGGACAAGGACCCAAAACAGGAGGAACCGGGAACAGAAAGGAGCAACCGAGCCGAGCACCAGCGACAUGAGGCCGCCCAAAUACGGCGCAUAUGCCAACAGUUCAUUAAUGAUCUAUGCAUUAAUGUGGUACUCGUUGGCCGCGACAAUAGAUGCCAUUGACACCCCCCUGCCGCUGUCCCUGGGCGAGUACCCGCACUUCCACGAUUCUGGCGCGGAAUCGUUUUCGGGAUUAGGCGGAUAUACACGAAAUUAUUACGGCCCGACAACAACUACCACGACUGGUGGCGUUGCAUCGCUGGCCGUCGGCGGUGGCAUAGGCGAUGACUUGGCAACAUAUGGAAAUUAUGCUCACAAGCUCCUGAACCAUCAUCAUCCUCCUCUCUCCCACCACCAACACCCAUCGCUUGGCACUACUGCCAAUGGGUUUGUGCCCUUCUACUACAACAGCAAGCUGCACUCGCAAUUUACGGAGGACGUGGAUGGGAAUGCGGAGACGGAGGCGCGACAGCCGGGAGAUAUCGAUUUUGUCAUUAAUGCGGCAAAUUAUGACCCCAAUACCGCCGGCUACGAGCUAGAGCCGCAAAACCAGCACCAGCACCAGACCCAGUUUCAUGAAAACUAUGCAUAUCGGCCGCGGGUGUCGUUUCCCACGUCGCCUUCCAAUCAUUACCAAUUCGAACAAAUUUCCAAUUACCAGGAGAACAGGGAGAGCAGGCAUCAGCCCCGGCAUCAGGAAGAACGAGACGAGCGGGGGGAGGAUAUCUACGCAAGGAUCAAAGGACUACAGGAAUUGGUUAAUACAGUGAAAAGAGAGCAAAAGGACGCGGCGGUAUCUAGUCACCAGACGCAGCAACACCAACACCAGUCCCACCAGCACUACCUCCCGCAACAACCAGACCAUAAAUCCCAUCUAAGGUACAAUGCCCUGGAUCAACGACAGCAACAAAGAUCCGGCAAUGUCCAGGAUCAGCAGUUGUUGUACUCGAACACAGACACCCACAUUGCAGACCUGCCUCCCGUGACCACCAGUGUCCACCACACCCCCUCCAGCAGCAAAGCCGUGGCCGGGGUGCCUCUGGCCAAGCACAUUGAAGUCACCCGGAACGUACCCGUGACCCACUACCAGAAGCAACACGUUCCCUACAAGCAAACCGUGCAGAUGCAAGUCCCCAAAACCGUGAUCGCCGCGAUACCCAAGCCCACACCCAUCAAAGUGCCCGUAGCGAAGACCGUGGCAGUGCCCCAGCUACAGGAGGUUAAGAUACCCAUCGAGCGAGUCAAGCCUGUGCCCGUGGAGCGCCCCAUUCCGUUUGUGGUGGAGCGAAGAGUUCCGUACCGAGUGGAGAAGCCGGUGGCGACGCCAGUGUACUAUCCGUAUCCCGUUAAAGUGCCAGUGGUGCGGACGGUGGUGCACAAGCAGCGACCCCACUAUGUGGCGCCCGGAUGGAGUGCCACCGGCAAUCAUCUACUAGGCUGA